AUGGGCAACCCCGAUGGCCCUCCCCCGUCGUACGAAGAGACCAUCGCCACUGGGCCCGUUACCGGUUCGCAACAACCACUUUCAGCUGCGACCUCAUCUUCCACCAACCGCGAUGCAGAGGACAACCGCAGCGUCAGAAUGGAUCCUGUUCUCAGCGAAGACGCGUCUGCACUGCACGCCUUGAUCUUGCGCCACGCACGAACCCCUCCGCGACCGUAUCUGACCGUCCGCGGCACCCAUACAGAGACCCGCGAGGUAACCGAUAGCGAUCAUGACAGCCACAGCGACAGUCACAGCAACAACAACAAUACCCCUCAUACAUCCACCCGGACCGAAACGGAGACUGUCGUUGACUUCGACUUCAAAAUCGAUCUCCGCAAUUACAUGGUCUGCGACUACGAUGCCGUGCCGGAUUACGAAGACGAGGUCGACACGGACGAGGAUCGCGAUGGCUGGCGGGUGUGCAGUGUCAUCCGCGACGGAGACGGCCAGAAGGCAUAUCGUGGAGGUCGUUGCCGGUCGGAUACCUGGGCCGGUCAUACACAACGACCAGGAUCACACUCGCGCCACGUGGAGGAUGCGUCCGAGGAGGGGGAAAUUGUUGGCCUCGUGGAUGACGCAGGCGAGGUACCCGGGCUGAUGGGCUGGUGUGACCGUUUCUGUCUGGAUCCCGGCCCGGUCAAGUCCUUUCGAUUUACGAGGAGCAUUGUCGGCUUCGACGUAGCCACACUCCGCUCCUUGCUCACCUCCCACCUACGCAACGCUAACUACCAGGGCAGAAUCGACAUUUCUAGCGCCCUGUCCAAUAAGGACCUGACCAUCUACUCGCCCCAUUGGAUCAAUCAGCUUCGCAAUAAUUCCCUCGUUUAUUGGUCCUGCAUUGUCUCGCAGUUGUGGAUCAUCACCUGGCCGGUUAUCUGGUUUCUUGAGCAUCGCUACGAUGUUGUCCGCGCUAUAUGGUACUUCUCUCGCGUCCGCGGUUCGCAGACAGUCUACGCUUGUGGCCGUGAUGAAGCUGCAAUCGCGGAAGAGCUGGCACCGAUCGUCACGCAGGCGGCGCGGGAGCGCCGCACUGAUGGCGGAAUGCUGAGUACACACGAGAUGAACUUGCUUCGGCAGCUGGGGACGGAGAGAAUUGAACGCAUGGUUCUGAUGUCUUGGAAUCGCCUAGGUGACUGGGGCAGAGACUCUUGA